ACCUUAAACCCGGUGCCUUACAAAGUGUAGGUACUUGGUAAAUAGUUGUUAAAUUGAUGCGAUAAAUAUAUCAGAUAACUUGCUUUAUCAGAGCUUUAAGCUCAGAUUAUUAGGUUAUUUAAAGGAUAUUUAUUUAAAGGAUAAAUAUUCCGCCUCUAUAUUUAUAUCUGGGAUUAUGGUGACAUGAAGAGUUGCUCUCAGUAGCUCCUAUCACUUGACAGCUUCCUUGUUUUUCUUCUUAUAUUGCUUACUCUUAUACCCUGCUUAGGACUGGAUUAGACUGCAGGAAUAUGUACAAGAGAGGGUGAGGGAUUGAAUUGGAUGGAAAAAAGAAACUCUAGUCCUUACCCUGGAGUUUAAAAGAAUGAGAAUGAGCCUCGUGAUAUCAUAGUUGGAAAUUUAGAUUUGUUAUUAAUAUGAAAAACUCUACUGUCAUAUCAUUUAUUUCUUGCCAUUAGAGAUCUGGUAGGGAAUUCUAGCAAGUUGGAAGUAGUGAGCAAAGUUGAGGCAUCUCUACUUCAUAAUCAAAAUUUAUCCUUUCAGGAUAUUCUUGUUAAAAGUUAUUAACAUUUCUUAACAUGUUUCCUUUUUUUAACCUUAAAAAUAUAAUAUCCACAUUUUCAAAAGAGAAGUACAUCCAUAACUCCACCAUCUUGAUAUUUUAAUUUUACAUAUAUCUUCCAAUCCUUGUCCAAAUGUAUGUUUAAAAAAUAUUUUACAUAUUUUUCUUCUGUGCAUAUUAUUUUUGUUUCUGAGUUUCCCUGGGAGGAUUGUAUUUGCCAGAUGAGGGCUCAAUUUCUGAAUGGCUCCGAGAACCCUAAUUUAUGCUGCUGUAGAAACUGACCAAAAUGGGUUGGCAUCCCCUGGGCAGGUAUGUCCUCAAAUUUAGAAGGCUCAGUUUGGAGGCUGAAGCAGGAAGUGACUAUGAGCUGUACAAUAAAGAGCAGAGCCCAGUAUAAGAGAAUAAAGAUAGGUUUUACAAGAAAAGAUGUAGGUAGAUAUUUAAGUAAAACAAUUUCAUAUGCUAGGAAAGUCUUUCUCCCCACCCAACCCAAACAAACAAGAAGCAAAAACAAAAAACCCAACUAAACAACGAUUACAAUAAAUGUACCUACCCCACUAGUUAACAUGUAUACUUAAGGUCAGUUUAAGAAAACACUAACGUUUAAGCUGGAAAACUUAAAAUAUUAGAAGUUGACAUAAGGUUUACAAAAGGGGCAAGAGAAGAUGGCAGUCUCUCUGAUAGGAAUGGGGAGUUAGGGGCAUGGUCCAGCCUCUAUCCACUUUUCAAGGAAGAAAGGUGAAAAGGUAUCCAGGAAACAGCGCAAAACCAAAAAACUGUAAAAUUAGGAAUUCCUAAUUCUGCCAGAGUCAGGUUCUUUCAGAUUAUUUAGGUUUUAUAAGAGAGGACUGAAAGUGAAAAAGCCAAAUAUAAAUUUUCCGAAAACUGCAACAGGAAAGACUCUUGCAGGCUCAGAGGAAGGCUGUGGAAAAGUCAUUGCUAGAGCUCUCCAGGAUGCAUCAGGCCGACACCACCUGUUUGCGGAGGGGUUUAGACCAAGGGAGGGGCCCUAACUCCGGCGAGGAGGGCGCCCACCCCUCGGUUCCCGGAGCUGGUGGAGGCGUGCGGGGGAGCGGGCGGCGCGGUGCACAGGUGGCGGGGGCCGCACCAGCUGCGCGCCGCGCUCUGCUCCGCGGGUGGGCCGCCAGGCGUCGCGCUGGAGCCGCGGUUGCCCUGGAGACCAAGCGGGGCGAGUGGGCGGCGCGGCGAGGAGCAGAGCUGCGGCUGGAGUAGCGGGGCGUGAGUUGAGGGGAGUGGCUCCCCGGACUGCGCGAGGGGUCGGCUAGUCCUGGGGCAGGGCUAGGUGGCUGUGCGCUGCUGGGCGCGGCUGGCGAGCCCGGAACGCCUCUGGUCACAGCUCAGCGUACGCGGAGCCGGGCGGCGCUGCAGCUGCACUUGGCUCGUCUGUGGGUCCGACAGUCCCAGCUCUGCGCGGAGGACAGCGGCCCGGCGCUGGGUGUGGGAGGACCAGGCUGCCCCAAGAGCGCGGAGACUCACGCCCGCUCCUCUCCUGCUGCGACCGGGAGCCGGGUAGGAGGCAGGCGCGCUCCCUGCGGCCCCGGGAUGACUUCUCAGCGUUCCCCUCUGGCGCCUUUGCUGCUUCUCUCUCUGCACGGUGUUGCAGCAUCCCUGGAAGUGUCAGAGAGCCCUGGGAGUAUCCAGGUGGCCCGGGGUCAGACAGCAGUCCUGCCCUGCACUUUCACUACCAGCGCUGCCCUCAUUAACCUCAAUGUCAUUUGGAUGGUCACUCCUCUCUCCAAUGCCAACCAACCUGAACAGGUCAUCCUGUAUCAGGGUGGACAGAUGUUUGAUGGUGCCCCCCGGUUCCACGGUAGGGUAGGAUUUACAGGCACCAUGCCAGCUACCAAUGUCUCUAUCUUCAUUAAUAACACUCAGUUAUCAGAUACUGGCACCUACCAGUGCCUGGUCAACAACCUUCCAGACAUAGGGGGCAGGAACAUUGGGGUCACCGGUCUCACAGUGUUAGUUCCCCCUUCUGCCCCACACUGCCAAAUCCAAGGAUCCCAGGAUAUUGGCAGCGAUGUCAUCCUGCUCUGUAGCUCAGAGGAAGGCAUUCCUCGACCAACUUACCUUUGGGAGAAGUUAGACAAUACCCUCAAACUACCUCCAACAGCUACUCAGGACCAGGUCCAGGGAACAGUCACCAUCCGGAACAUCAGUGCCCUGUCUUCAGGUUUGUACCAGUGCGUGGCUUCUAAUGCUAUUGGAACCAGCACCUGUCUUCUGGAUCUCCAGGUUAUUUCACCCCAGCCCAGGAACAUUGGACUAAUAGCUGGAGCCAUUGGCACUGGUGCAGUUAUUAUCAUUUUUUGCAUUGCACUAAUUUUAGGGGCAUUCUUUUACUGGAGAAGCAAAAAUAAAGAGGAGGAAGAAGAAGAAAUUCCUAAUGAAAUAAGAGAGGAUGAUCUUCCACCCAAGUGUUCUUCUGCCAAAGCAUUUCACACUGAGAUUUCCUCCUCGGACAACAACACACUAACCUCUUCCAAUACCUACAACAGUCGAUACUGGAGCAACAAUCCAAAAGUUCAUAGAAACACAGAGUCAGUCAACCACUUCAGUGACUUGGGCCAGUCUUUCUCUUUCCACUCAGGCAAUGCCAACAUACCAUCCAUUUAUGCUAAUGGGACCCAUCUGGUCCCGGGUCAACAUAAGACUCUGGUAGUGACAGCCAACAGAGGGUCAUCACCACAGGUGAUGUCCAGGAGCAAUGGCUCAGUCAGUAGGAAGCCUCGGCCUCCACACACUCAUUCCUACACCAUCAGCCACGCAACACUGGAACGAAUUGGUGCAGUACCUGUCAUGGUACCAGCCCAGAGUCGGGCCGGGUCCUUGGUAUAGGACAUGAGGAAAUGUUGUGUUCAGAAAUGAAUAAAUGGAAUGCCCUCAUACAAGGGGGAGGGUGGGGUGGGGAGUGCUGGGAAAGAAACACUUCCUUAUAAUUAUAUUAGUAAAAUGCACAAAGAAGAAGGCAGUGCUGUUACUUGGCCACUAAGAUGUGUAAAAUGGACUGGAAUGCUCCAUCAUGAAGACUUGCUUCCCCACCAAAGAUGUCCUGGGAUUCUGCUGGAUCUCAAAGAUGUGCCAAGCCAAGGAAAAAGAUAUAAGAGCAGAAUAGCACUUAAAAUCCAAACUGCCGCCCAGAUGGGCUUGUUCUUCAUGCCUAACUUAAUAAUUUUUAAGAGACUAAAGUGCCAGAUGGAGUUUAAAUAUUGAAAUUAUUUUAAAAGGUAGGUGUCUUUAAGAAAAUAACAAGCAACCCUGUGAUAUGUUCCGUCUCUCCCAAUUCCCUCAUUAUAUAGAGGGCUUAAUGGUAUAAAUGGUUAAUAUUGGUCCCAACA